AUGAAUCCUUGCUUUAUUGUUGUUCUUCUUGCCUUAGCGUAUUGCCAAGUUUUUGACGAGGAGCUGUUUUUCUAUCAAGCGACUCGUGGCCAUUGGCAUGCCAACCGAGGUGGGAACAUUCUAUUGGUAACGAAUCCUGAAGCAUUCAGUAUUCAACAUGGAUAUGCUCAGGCCAAGUUUAGUUUGAACAUGUAUAACCUUACGUUAGUUGAUUACAAUUUUAUUUGGAGCCCGGAUGUUAAUGUCAAGGCUCUGAAUUUACGAUCCGAGAAGACUAGCUAUAACGAUUGCCCCCUUUUUGGAAAGAAAGUGGUUGUAACGGUAUAUCGUGUGCAGCACCGUAAUAACCAAGAGGGUUGCGUGUCAGAAGCAACCAUUCGUCGCUAUUUCCAGUACAUGGACAGCCAUCUACGUUUGAUCUCCGGAAACCGGAUUCGGUUUGACAUGGAAAAUUCUGUUAUAUCAAAUGUAUGCUGCCCUUGCUCUGAAGAGGAGUGCUACGGACCUGAUGAUUACCACAACUUUAUGAACAGAGUGAUGGACGCAUGCAAGCCUUUGGACCCCCGUCUGGACAAGUCUUCGAUGACUCGCAUGUUUUUCAACGAUGCUUUUGGCGGCUUUGCAGGUUUGGCAAGUUUGGGAUGGAUUCCCAGUUUUACGAACAAUGGGAACUACUGGGCGAUUUGCAACGUUAACAACGAUCCUGACGAGAUGUGGAAGUGGGAGUACAACCUCUCGGUGCUGGUUCACGAGUUCGGCCACACCAUGGGAAUGAACCACGCCUCCUACCCUGAAGAAAAGCCGACGUAUUUCUUGCGUGACUAUUUGAAUCCGAACAACUACGGAGACGGAGGCAGCAUCAUGGGUGGAGGCAACUACUGGGACACGGUAGUAAGCCCCAGCCAGUUUUUCUACCGCUACAGUGUGUCGAAAGUGGAGCCUUUCUGGUACAGAACAGCCGAAGAUGUGGACCGAAAAACCGUUCGCUUGUUCGCGUGGGAUCAUCCCUAUUCGCGUCCCUUCCUUGGAAUCGAGGAGCCCCGCUUCAAGGACGAAGACUUGAUCAGUGGGAUUCCGUACAAGGACAACAUGAUGACUCUGGAAGUGCCUUACAACCGUGCCGACAUGUGUUCCACGAUCAGCGAGAACGUGAACUAUGGCUCGUUCUAUCUGGAAUACCGCAACAAGAAGGGCAACCAGAAGGGAGCCGCCAAUCGAGGCGUGCGUCUCAUUCAAGGCCGCGUCGACAAAAGCGGCUACGACAGCGCGCUAAGCCUGCUUCUCUCUGCUGGCGUGGACGGUCUCUUCUCCUGGGGAGACUCGGUCAUCCCCGUAGGCGUGUGGUGGCAUCCGAAAGAAGCGGACCUGGGCACGAUCGGCAUCCACAUCACCAAAAUCAACAGCGUGACGGACUGGAUGGACGAGGCGUUGCUCGACGAUCCUGUCCAGCCCCUCGAGAACAUUCCCUACAUGGAGCUGGAGUACUCCUACGCGCCCAACGUGAAGUACAUUCCUCCCAACCAGCCCGCGCCGCUGCCCUCCUUCGCCUUCUCUCCGAACAUUUUCGGCUGUGUGAUGAACAGCAACGUCACUGGCUGGGAGUGCAGCGUCAUGGGCGAGCGCCGCUUCUGGGCCUAUAUGAAGCCCUCGGCCCACCGCGGCCAUCCGCGCGUGUUCAGCUUCGACACGUCCAGUUUCAUCAGCUCGGCGUCCUCGUCCGUGGUGUCGCUGCCCGGCCGCCAGCGCAACGAAUGGACGCACUUCUUCGGUGACACGACGCGCGGGCGCUGCACCGUGCGGAUUACGCAGGUGGAGUCGCCCGGAACGGCGACGGCGUGGCUGAACGCGCAGCUGUACCGGAAGAAGACGGGCGAUCCGGCGAGCGCGUACCAGCUGUACCACACGGGCGACGCGGUGCUGGCGCGCCAGCUGAACGUGGGCGAGGGGGAGGAAGUGUUCCUGAUGGAUCUGUACGGCACGGAGGAGAAGCUCGCGGUGGACGUGGGGACCGAGAGCCUCGUGGCGCCGCUGAGCUCGAAGGCGCUGCCCGGUUUGUACGAGGGAUUUGUGGUGAAGAAGAAGGCCGGGGAGAUCGUGUACGCGGCCCGGUUUUCGCAGCUGGUGGGCGAGAUGAAGUCGAACCGCCUGGCGAUCCGAAUCAUCGACGACGAGCAGGUGGAAGUGUCCUCGGCGGCCAUUCCCAGCAGUCGGUUCAGCUUCCCCACGAUGAUCCAGCCGCGCUCCCUGGGGAAAUGGGAGAAGCUUCCGGUGAUGUUCCAGGACUGGACGUUCGGCGACUAUUUGUUUAUUGACUUUUCGGGAAAGACGCCCCGCAGUUUGAUCCUCUAUCUUGAAACAGAUAACGGGGAGAUUUCUUUUGACCUCAAGCGUUUUUCGGGUGUCGCGGACCUGACCUUGAAGCUGACCUACCGCCAGCUCAUCGCCGCGGGCGCCGUGAGCAGCAAGAUCGACUAUCUCUGGUUCAACAAGGCGGUCACCGUGCUCUCGGUGCGUCCCGUGCUGGCGUCGAACGUCGGGAACAUCCAGGGGAACGCCAACGCGAACGAGCAGGAGCUGGACGCGGGCGCGUUCCGUGUGAAAGGCGUGAUCGGCGGGUUCCAGGGCUUCGUGGACUGCUCCUACACCGGAACGCUCAACGGGUGGAAGUACUCCGUCAGCACGGCGGAGCCGAGCGGGCAGUCCGUCCGCUUCGUGCACAGCGGCAUCAACUUCUCCGCCUCGUCGGUCAUCGUCAUCGUUGUGAUCGUGAUCGUCCUCAUCCUCCUCCUCUUCGUCGUUUGCUCCCUCCGAAAGCGAGACCGCGUCGAUCUCCCGUCUUCUUCCCAGGCUCCGCCGCCGCGCAGGCAGCCGCAGCCCAAGCCGCAGAAUUCCCAGCCCAGACAGUUGCAGCGACGCACCACGCCGCCACCUCCGCCUCCUUCCUCGGCCAAGCCUCAUCGCAAAGAGAGCGUGACGCCGCCGCCGCCGCCGCCGCCCAAACCGCGAGCCGAUGGCGAUCGACGAAGUUCGGCACCCGCGCUACCGCCUCGGAGAAGCUCUGCGUCGGAAGCUCCGCCCGUUCCGAAGAGAUCGGCGAAGCCGAAGAUAUGAGGAGGAAAAUAGUUUGCAGUUGCAGUACG